AUAUAUUUUUAUAAUAUUCAUACUAUUUUGAACAACCCAACAACUACGAAAAUAAGAGAGAGAGAAAGAGAAGUCUGACUUGGAAGCAGAGCAAGGUUCUCUUCUUCGAUCAGAGUAAGAGAAGAAAGAUGUCAGCUCCGAUGAUCCUAAACGAUGCGACGAGGAAGGAUGCUAGAAGGGCGCACGCUGCAAUGACCUUGUGUCAGCUAAUUUACGGAGCUUACCACGUGAGUGCGAAAGUAGCUCUUAACGUUGGUAUCAGUCAGCUCGUCUUCUGUGUCUUCCGCGAUCUUAUUGCUCUCUCCAUCCUCGCUCCUCUCGCUUUUUUCCGUGAAAGAGGGAUCAGACCUCCUAUGAGUAGAAGCAUUCUCUUUUCACUCUUCUUCCUAGGUUUAACAGGGAUAUUUGGGACUCAAUUACUAUUUCUUAUUGGUUUAUCAUACACGAAUCCAACUUAUGCAGCUGCUAUACAACCAUCCAUCCCUGUCUUUACCUUUCUUUUAGCUGUGAUGAUGGGUACAGAGAAAGUGAACUUGUUUACAAUAGAGGGCCUAACGAAAGUUGGAGGUACUCUCGUUUGUGUUUCCGGUGGCUUAGUGAUGGUUUUGUUCCGUGGUCCAGCCUUGUUUGGAGAUCAAGAAGCAGACUUUACAGUAAACAGACUAAUCACUGAUAGAAGUAAACCUGAGCUUCAUGGUUGGUUAGUUUCUAGUUUUCUUGGUCUUGGGCUUGAUCUGUGGCACAUUGGAGUUAUAUGCUUGAUUGGAAACUGCAUGUGUAUGGCUGCUUUUAUUGCUCUCCAAAUACCUGUUUUGAAGAAGUAUCCUGCCUACCUUUCUGUUACCGCCUAUUCAUACUUCUUUGGUCCAUCAAUAAUGAUCACAACAGCAUUUGUGUUUGUUAGAGAGCCUAAAGAGUGGCACUUGACACAAUCCGAGAUUCUUGCCGUUAUAUUUGCGGGAGUGUUUGCAUCAGCUCUGAACUAUGGACUCUUGACUUGGUCUAACAAAAUUCUUGGAGCUGCUUUGGUUUCUCUUUACAACCCUCUUCAGCCUGCAGCAUCUGCAUUCUUAUCGACGAUUUUCCUCGGCAGUCCAAUCUAUCUUGGAAGCGUUGUGGGUGGAGUACUCAUCAUUUCAGGGCUUUAUAUGGUUACUUGGGCAUCUUAUAGAGAACAGCACACAACAGCUUCAGGAAAUGUGAUUACUUAUUCAAGUGAUGUAAGAAUUUAUGAACCUUUGAUUCAUAGAGAUGGGACUGGUGGCGAUAAAAUUGGGUAAAAAGACAAGUCGUUUUUUUUUUUAAACUGUUGGACAAGAACUAUAUCACAUUCAGUUGGUUUUACAGUUAAGCUGUGUCGUUAUUUCGUUUGGUCU